CUUUUGAUUAGGGUAAUAAAAUUAGUAUUACUGAUAUUGAUUCUAUUUUUUUCUGGGUUUCAGGAGCUAUGAGCAGCCGUUCCAGUCGAACCCUUUUCGUUGGGAAUCUUCCUGGCAAUAUCCGCGAGAGAGAAGUCGAAGAUCUCUUCUUCAAGUAUGGGCCUAUAGUUGUUAUCGAUCUGAAGAUCCCUCCUAGACCUCCGGGCUAUGCUUUUAUUGAGUUUGAAGAGGCUCGUGACGCUGAGGAUGCUAUUCGUGGUCGUGAUGGCUACAACUUUGAUGGCCAUAGGCUACGGGUGGAGCUUGCACAUGGUGGGCGAGGCCAAUCUUCAUAUGAUCGUCAUACUAGUAGUCGCAGUGGUGGUGGCGGCGGCCGUGGCGGAGUCUCUAGGCGCUCUGAGUAUCGUGUGUUAGUUUCUGGAUUACCUUCCUCUGCUUCAUGGCAAGACCUAAAGGAUCAUAUGCGUCGAGCCGGUGAUGUUUGUUUCUCCCAAGUGUUCCGUGAAGGCGGCGGCACCACCGGCAUUGUGGACUACACAAACUAUGACGACAUGAAAUAUGCAAUCAGGAAACUUGAUGACUCUGAGUUUCGGAAUGCAUUUUCUCGGGCAUAUAUAAGGGUGAAGGCGUAUGAAUCGAGAGGGAGCUCAUCUAGAAGUCGUAGUCGCAGCCGGUCCAACUCAAGAAGCAGAAGCCCUAAACACCGUCGCAGCUCCAGUAGAAGCAGGACCCAGAGCAAGUCUCCGAAGGCCAAGCCUUCACGCCGCCCUGCGUCGAUAUCUCGGUCUAGGUCUGUUUCUUCACGCUCUCGUUCAGGGUCAAAGCCACACUCUUUGUCCAGAUCUCGAUCCAGAUCCAGAUCCCCAUCUCAUUCUCCGCCUCCUCGCAACAAACGAGCAAGUCGAAGUCCAAGGAAGCAGAAGCCCAGCAGAAGCAGGAGCUUAUCUCGGUCUGGCCCGCCUCUCAUAAAAAGCAUCGAGGAUUGCUGAUACUGUCUUGUAUAAUACAAAUACACUGCAGCUCCUUCAUUACGGUGAGAUGUGAUCGUGGCCAGUCUAUCGACCCCAGACAUAGUUUCCAGUGACUUCUUACCACAGGCUUUGGAUUAUCAGCAUUGCUUUGCUUGAUGAUUCCCUUGACAAUCAGGUUGGCUUAAAACUUGUUUGGAUUUGCCGGAGAAAGUUUAGAAACUCCGUUGUAGAAGAGUCAGAUUUUGAAAUUAUUUGAAUGGAACCACCCUUGUAUGUCUGGCCACUGAAGAUGCAGAGCAUGAUUGUUAUGCUGAUCAUUGCAGAUUCUUGCCUUCAAUGCUGCAGACUUGCCAUUGUUCAGACCCUUUAUCCAUAUUUUGCAUAUUCUCUCGAGUUGUUUGGUG